UUGAUGAAAUGUAAGCAGUGCACAUUGCAAGCCUGAUAGUGAGAAAUGCAUUUCAGCUUGUAUUUUGAAGCUCACAGUCCAGCCUGUAUAAAUGCUACAGCAUGAUCAAUGUUGCCCUGAUGAUCAAUGUAGCCCCAGCAUUGCCACCUGUCAGUGUCCAUCAGUGCCUUAUCUCAGUGCUCAUCAGUGCCUCAUGCCAGUGCCCAUCAGUGCCACAUCAGUGCCACAUAUCAGUGCCUACCAGUGCACAUCAAUGCCACAUAUCAGUGCCCAUCUGAGCUGCCUUUCAGUGUCACCCAUCAGUGCCAGUCAGUGCCACCUAUCAAUGCCAAUCAGUGCCAGUCAGUACCACCUAUCAGUGCCAGUCAGUGCUGCCUAUCAGUGUGCAUCAGUGCCACCUAUUAGUGCCAGUCAGUGCCUAUCAGUCAGUGCCGUCUACCAGUGCCAUAUAUCAGUG